AANUUUUUUUUUUUUUUUUUUUUUUACGACUUUAUACAAAAACAUAUAAAAAAAAAGAGAACGCAACGAACAUAAUUUUAUUAUGAACGACACAAUUACUUUACGUCGUUGGAGAAUAUUCCAACUUAUAUUGUCAACCAUCAUGUUAUCCCUUGAAAUAUCGAACAUCAUAUUAUACGAUUCUUUUAAUCCUACUACUGAUAUUAAAUUGAAUAAUGAAUUUCAAUUACUUCGAGAUAAAAAUAGAUUUAUCAUCUCAAUCGUAUGCCUGCCGACGAUAUUAAUAUCAAUUGCCCUAUUAGUAUAUGUUACUAUUAAAGGUGAAAAGAUUGUUAAAAGAGUUAAACUUAUACAGAAAGCUGAUAAGCUCAAGAAUAUCGAAAUAGAAGUAAAGCAAUCUAACGGAUUAUUGUAUAAAAUAAUUAGCCGAAAUAUUAACUCGAUAUUAUUGUUUACGUGGUCUUUAACAGUUAUCUUAAACACGAUAUUAUUCCAUAAAAAUAGGGAUUUGUUGUGCAAUAGGUUGGAAGAGAAAGAACGUAAUUCAAUUCUCUGCAAUGAUUUUAUAGCUAGUCUUGUGUUAAGCAUUCUAAUGUUUUUGUCAUGUAUUUAUAUAACAUUUAUGAAACUUUAUUAUUCAUCUCAUGAUAACAAACCAGGUGAAAUAAAUUUAAAGGAAUAAGAUUUACGAAUAGAAUUAAUAGAAUUGACGCAACAACUUCUGAGAUGAAUAGAGAAAAAUUAAGGAUAUAUUCAGUACAUGUUACGUGAUUUAAACAAUUAUGUACUUUUAUACUGUAUAACAAAUCAAAAUAUCAUUUAUAUCAAUAAAAAUAUCUAUAUUAUCUUCGAUGAUGUAAAAUAUCUGAUCAAGAUAACUAGG